AUGUCGUCUACACCGGAAGCCAUUCUCGCCCAACUUCAAGCAACCGGCUCCGCGUACUCCGAGAAGAAGCCUGGAGCCCGGGAGCAACUUCUAAACCUCGCCUAUUCUUUAAUUUCAAGCCUGGAGCUCCCAAGUGAAUCCAUCCAGCGAAUGGGCUGGGCUGAGCCCGCCAGAGCCGCACACUGCCGCAUCGCGGUUGAUUUAGGGCUGUUUGAAUCUUUAAAAGAUAGCGGCGAGUUAGGCAUCAGUGGAAAAGACUUGGCCGCGAAGGCUGGUGCCGAUGAGACUCUGAUUACACGAACCUUAAAGCAUCUUGCUGCUAUGAAUGUCGUUGCCGAGACGGGCGUGGAUAAGUAUGUCGCGACGCCCCUGAGCAACGCUCUGACGGAGCCGAAGUACCGAGAUGGCAUCAUUUAUACAUACGACGUGGCUGGCCCAUCCUUUCGUGGUCUACCCGAGUACUUGAAGAGCAUCAAGUAUUCACUUCCAACGAAGUUAACGGACGGGCCUUUCCAAGCCGCCCAUAAAACGGAGCUUCCAUUUUUCGCGUGGCUGGACCAGAACCCACCAUACCUAGAGAAAUUUAAUAAUUACAUGUCGGCUUACCGCGCCGGGAAACCUUCAUGGGUUGAUCGAGGCUUUUACCCGGUCUCGGAGCGUCUUGUUGAAGGUUUCGAUGCUAAUACCGAUGGCAACGACGUGCUCCUCGUUGACGUUGGCGGCGGUCUGGGACAUGACCUACGGGAGCUGAAAGCGAAGCAUCCCUUACUCCCUGGUAAACUCAUCCUACAGGACCGUCCUGAGGUCAUCUCGGCCGUUUCUAGCGGAGGGGUAUUUGAGGCUAUCGCUCAUGACUUCUUCACUCCCCAGCCUAUAAAAGAGGCCCGAGCGUACUACCUACACUCUGUUCUCCACGAUUGGGGUGAUGACGACUGCGUUCGUAUCCUCGAACAGCUACGGCCUGCGAUGAAAUUAGGAUACUCAAAAUUGCUUGUUAAUGAGAUUAUUGUUCCUAAUCGUAAUCCGACAUGGCCCGUCACUUCCAUGGAUCAGCUGGUAUUUGUGCUUGGCGCCAUGGGGGAACGUACAGAGGCACGCUGGAAGGAUAUUAUAAAGAGGGCUGGUUUUAAAGUUGUGCAGAUAUAUAGCUAUGAGAUGGGAUCUGAAAGCCUUAUCGAGGCAGAAUUAGCAUAG